AACUCCUUCAAACUUCCCACUGAAGUCCUUUCUCUCUCUCAAUUCCAUAAACCGUGGUCUCUCUCUCUUAACUUCCUAAAGAAGCCACUCUCUUUCGCUGUAAACUCCUUAAACCACAGUUUCUCUCUCUAGCCUUUUAAAUGGAAGCCUUCUCACUCUCCCAUUGAACUCCUCAAACCCCUCUCUCUCUCUCUCUCAAGAAACUCUCUUCCUUUAUACCUAAAAUCCUCCCACCCUCUGUCUCUCUCUACUUCUUCAUAUUGAAGUUUUCUCUCUCUAAAGUUCCACUCCUCUCUCUCUCUCUCUCUCUAUCACAGUCUCAAGUUCCAAAUUUCUCAAAGAAGAAAGAGGAUAAAAGCAUUACACUGGUUCAUACGAAAACUGAUUUUUAAAUCGCAUUUGCUUCUUCUCAAACCGAUAAUCCACCAUGGCUAAAACACCAGAAAGUGAGCACAUUGAAGAGAUAAGGACUAAAAAAUUCUCAAUAGGGAGAGAGCCCAAUCCUCUCACUGAAGACCUUCAUCAUGCGGUCAGGAAUUUGUCAGCAGAGCUCUACUCCAAGGACAUUCACUUUCUGAUGGAACUUAUUCAGAAUGCAGAGGACAACACAUAUGAACCAGGGGUUGAUCCCUCAUUGGAGUUUCUUGUGACUUCUAAUGAUAUUACUAAGACUGGAGCUUCUUCUACUUUGCUUGUUUUCAAUAAUGAGAAAGGUUUUUCCAGAAAGAAUAUAGAGUCAAUUUGUAGUGUGGGGAGAUCCACCAAGGCAGGAAACAGGCAGAGUGGCUACAUCGGAGAAAAAGGUAUUGGAUUCAAGAGUGUAUUUCUUGUAUCCAGCCAGGCCUACAUCUUCAGCAAUGGAUAUCAGAUAAGUUUCAAUGAGGAGCCUAACCCUGAUUGCAAAAUUGGAUAUAUAGUACCUGAAUGGGUUGAAGAAAAGCCAACACUUUCUGAUGUGCAUGAACUCUAUGGUUCUGAUAAGCUUCUCCCUACAACAACUAUAAUCCUUCCUCUAAAGCCAGACAAAGUAGCAGCUGUGAAGAAUCAACUCUCGAUUGUCCACCCCGAACUCCUCCUGUUCCUUUCAAAGAUUAAGCAACUCUCUGUUCGUGAGCACAAUGCUGAUCCAAAGCUCAAUACUGUGAGCUCAAUCUCUAUUUCUAGUGAAACUUCUCUUCAAAAGAGGAAGAACAUCAAUGCAGAGUGUUAUGCUCUUCACCUCUCUGUUCAAGAAAAUGGAGUUCUAAAUGAGUGCAGGUACCAUAUCUGGAGGCAGAGGUUUCCUGUUAAACCAGAGUGCAAGGUGGAGAGGAGGAUGGAUAUUGAAGAAUGGGUCAUCUCAUUGGCUUUUCCAUUUGGAAAGCGCAUAAACAGAGGGAGCUCUUCUGCUGGUAUUUAUGCCUUUCUACCUACUGAGAUGGUCACGAAUCUCCCCUUCAUAAUUCAGGCAGAUUUCAUACUCCCAUCUUCAAGGGAAUCCAUAGUCUGGGAAAAUAAGUGGAACAAAGGGAUCUUGGAUUGUGUUCCAACUUCUUUCUUCGAUGCUUUCUAUUCUUAUCUGAAAUCAAAUGAAGCGGCUCCGCCCUCUUCUCUCUCUACCAUGUUUAAGUUCUUACCUGUUAAAGAAUCACCCUUUUCAGAGCUGAACAAUGUAAGAGAUUCUAUAAGAAAGAAAGUGAUUUCAGAAGAGAUUUUGCCUUGUGAAUCAUUUUCUGAGCAACAAUUCUUUUGCAAGCCCAAUGAAGCAGGCAGGCUUUUGCCUGUGUUUUGGGAUAUUCUGUUCAAGGCCCAAGAGAAUGGAGUGUGCUUACAGAGUGUGAUGUCCCAUGGUAUGUAUGUGAUUAGUUCUGCUUUUGAUCAAGGGAAAUUUGAUGACAUUCUUGAAUUUUUGGGAGUUGGCUUCAUGAAGUAUGAUUGGUACGGGAAGUGCAUUCGGAGUUCAGAUAUGGUGUCUGGGGUUUCGGAAGGUGUCUACAUGGAGCUUCUUUGUUUUCUUGCUGACAAUUGGGCUGACAAAUUUGCUUAUUCUAAUUUUAAGAACGUGCCCAUUUUGAAGUAUAUUGAUUUGCAUGGCAGGACUGCUCUAUGCAAUUUAGAUGAAUCAUCUAGCUCAUGGGGCAAAUGUAUUUAUUUUUCAAGUGCUGUAGAAGCACCUUGGCUUAUAAAAUGGAAUCAAGAAUUUGGUGGUGCAGCAGGUUGUUAUUUGAUGCCUGAAGUUACACAGACAACCUUGAGGGGCUUUCAGAGAUCAGAUACUUUGUUGCGAUGGUUGCGCCAAUAUGCAAAUGUUGAUAAUAUGUCAACAUACAAAUUUGCUUUUGAAAUGCUACAAAAGAUGCAUAAAGAAAGGAAAAUUGCUUUAUCUUUUGCUCACUUCCUGUAUCAUUCUUUCUCGAAGAAUUUCCUCCAUGGGUCGGAGGUUGUUCGUCUCUGCCAAUCUAUGCCACUUGUCGAUAAUUAUGGGUCUGUAACCACCAGCAGGAACGGGAUACUUGUCCCUUCAGCUGGUAGUAAGUGGGCUAAACUAAUGGUGUCAAACCCUUGGAGAGGAGAGGGAUACAUAGAACUAAGUGAGGAUUACAUCCGAUCAGGUUCUUUUGGAGGCAUUUACACUUCCGAGAAUCAGCUCUUGGAGUUUGUUAAAACCUGUUUCAAUGCUGUCGACAUUCCUGAAUUACGUCCCCCGAAUGCUAAACUACCCACUUCUUCAUCUCCAUUGAUGAAGGAGAAUGCUCUUUUACUGUUGGAGUGGAUAAGAAACCUACAAAGGAAGGGAAUCUCAAUACCAGAGAGGUUUUUGACAGGUAUAAGGGAAGGGAGUUGGCUGAAGACCUCUUUGUCUUUUAAGGCUCCAAAAGAGUCCUUCCUUUCUAGUUCUGAGUGGGGGAAUCUUCUUCAGAUGGGUAAUGUGCUUGUUGAUAUUCCCUUAAUUGAUGAAAAUUUUUAUGACUACCGUAUCAGUUCUUACAAGGGGGAGCUAAGUGCCAUUGGUGUGAUGGUUGAGUAUGGGGAAGCUUGUCGUUUCAUAGCAAACCGUCUCAUGUCACUUUCUGACUCCUCCACUCUAACAAGAAGCCACGUAUUUUCGAUGCUGGGUUUCAUAAGGUAUUUGGGGGUGAAUUACAAUUUGCCUGACGAAUUUAUGGGAAGGGUUAGAGAGGGAAAAUGGUUAAAAACGUCUUCUGGUUACAGGCUCCCAGUUGGUUCUGUGCUAUCAGAUCCCAAAUGGGAAUCAUUUUCUCAGAUCAGUAAACUGCCACUCAUUGAUGAAGUCUACUAUGGGGAGGAAAUUCGUCGAUAUAAGAGUGAACUCAGAUCAUUGGGAGUGGUUGUUGGGUUUAACCAGGAGUAUCAGCUUGUUAUGGAUAAUCUAUGCUUGCCUGCUUUCUUGAUUACCUUGACAAGAGAUAGUGUCCUUUCCAUUCUUGAAUGCAUCAGGAAUUCAAGAUCAUCAGAUGCAUUGUCAAGAAAACUCAGAGGUCAACAGUGGUUAAGAACUACACAUGGCUUUAUGGCCCCUCACGAAUCUUUUCUAUAUGAUUCAACGUGGGGUUGUCUCAAUGAGAUUGUUGAUGGAGUCGCAUUGAUUGAAGAACACUUCUAUGGGAGUGACCUUUGCUAUUACAAAGAAGAGCUGGGACAGCUAGGGGUCAUAACCAGCUUAGAGCAUGCCUCCAAACAAAUUGCACUCCGUUUCAAGUCGCAUUUGUCUUCUUUGGGUGGUAUAUCAAAAGACAAUGCACUUUCCCUCCUAAAGUUCUUGAGAUAUUGCAAGGAGUGCCUGCUACAAAAUCCUCAAGUGGAGCUUAUGAACUGCAUCGUUGAACAGAAAUGGGUGAAAACUACAUGUGGCUAUAGGACCCCCCGACAAGCUAUUCUGUUUUCUCCACAGUGGGACUUCAUAUCUAAGCUUGCCGUUCUUCCAUUUAUUGAUGACAGCCAUUAUGGAAAUUGUAUGUCUUCUUACAGAGAGGAGCUGAAAGAUAUGGGGGCUGUGGUUGAAUUUGAAAGGGGUGCACGCUUUGUGGCCAAGAGUCUUAAACUGCCGAAAGAUCCCACUACAUUGGCACCAGCUCAUGUGUUUUCACUGCUACAUUGCAUCAGAUUGUUAUUGAAAGAAUUUCAACCCUCCUUGCCAGAGGAGUUUAUGAGAGCUCUUGGCGAAGAAAAAUGGCUGAAGACAUACAUGGGUUACAAAUCUCCAAAUGGGUGUUUACUCUAUGAUUCACUCUGGGAACCUCUCCUUCAACCAGAGGAUGGGCCAUUCAUUGAUGAAGCCUUUUAUGGCAGUCAAAUUGUGUCAUUUAAGGAAGAGCUAAGAAGGAUAGGGGUGAAUAUUGAUCCUACAGUGGGAUGUUCUUUAGUUGUGAACCACCUUAAAAGUCACUCUGAGAACCCGGCUAUUGUUAGAAUAUACAAGUACUUGCACAAGUUCAAUUGGAGUUCGGAAGAGGAAUCAACUUCUUGGAUUUGGAUCCCAAAUGGAGACAGCAAUGGAGAGUGGGUGAAACCUGCAAAAUGUGCGCUUCAUGAUAAGGACAAUCUUUUUGGGUCGAGGUUUCAUGUGUUGGAUAAGCUUUAUGAGAAGAAUUUGCUUUCUUUCUUCUCUCUUGCCUUUGGAGUGGUUACAAAUCCUAAAAUUGAGGACUAUUGUGAGCUUUGGAAGACUUGGGAAGAUGAAGAUCACUUAUUGACACUUGGCGAGUGCUCUUGCUUUUGGGCUUCCAUUGUUAGGCAUUGGAAUUUAAGGACGGAAAAGCUUAUUUCAAAUUCCAUUAUGAAGCUACCCAAGAGUACGGACUUGGGUAGCAUUAAGUUAUGUGAUAAGAGAGAAGUCUUCAUCCCAGAUGACCUUCAACUGAAGGAUCUCUUUAGUGAAACCCCUUCGGGAUCAGUGAUUGUUUGGUAUCCUCAAUUCAGCAUGCCUUCUAUUCCUCUCACUAAAUUGUUUGAAAUUUAUUCAAUAAUUGGCGUUAAAGCCAUCUCUAAGUCAGUGCGGAAGGACGAAUCUUCCAUGUCUUGUGGUACUGAAUUUCGCAAGGCUGUUGGGUUUAUUAGAAAGGGCCUUAUCCGAAUGGUUUUGGGGUAUUUAGCUAAUCCUUCUCUUGUAAUUGCACCAGAAGAUAGACAUCAGAUGGCAAAAUCUCUUCUUCAGCUGACUGUUUUCGAGAUGGAUGAACCGAUAACAGUGUUUUGCUUUCUACCAAUCUCUGCCGAUAAGAGUUUGAGUGUUCAAUCGACCAGGAUGGUGAGGUGGGAAAAGGACAGUUCGAGGCUAUUGGUUCAGUUAUGGAAAAAAGAAGAUCAGAAAUCCAACAUAGAAUUUGCAACUUAUUUUGCCGAAGCAGUAUCAAAGGGCUUGCUUUGGGACAAAACUGAAUUGGUUGAUGAUCUCCUAGAGCUGAUUAAAGUGGGAUUCUUACUCCAGUAUGACGUAAAUGCAGUUGAUUUCUUGCUGAAAACUAAGAAUUUGCAGCUCUUUGAGGAAGAUGAGCAGUUCCUUUCAUCUGCAUUCCCCUCUGAUUAGUUCUUGGUCUAUGUUUCGGGUUUCAUUUUACUUGGUAUGUUGCUUUUCUUUGGGAGUUUUUUUUUGAAGGUCCUUAAACUGUUUUGAUGAGUUCAAAGAAGCAAAGAGCAAUGGGCAGGUUUUAAGCUUUUCUCUCUGUUAAAUGGAAUGUAAAUAAGGUAAUGUUGACUUGGGCUAUUAAAGUGUGUACGAUCUUGUGGCUUCUCUGUGUAUGCAUGUCUUGUUGUUCUAAAGAGUAACUAUUGAAGCUUAUUUACUAUUUC